UCGCCAGUGGUGCCGUUGCACCUGAACUACAAUCGAAAAUGGCGUUCGCGUGUGACUGCAAGUGACUGAAGGGAAGAGUGGCUUCCCUAACCAAAGAUUCACGUAGAAACUGUCAAGUUUGUUUCUGGAAAUUGGAGACGAAUUAUUGAAUUCUCGAUGGAAAUAUGAAGAAGGAACGCACAGCCGAUAACUCUCGGCCGUUUAAACUAGCCCACCAGAUAGUCUCCCUAACGGGCAUCUCCUUCCAACGCAAGAGCAUAAUCGGUUUCGUGGAGUUGACGAUCGUCCCCCUGCGCGACCGCCUCCUGAAGAUCCGGCUGAACGCGCGCCAAUGCCGCAUCUACCGCGUCUGUCUGAACGACACCCUGGAGGCGCCCUUCCAGUACUUCGACCCCUUCCUGGACAUCUGCCAGGGUGACGAGAAGCAGCGCUCCCUGGAGUUCUUCUCCACGAUGCACCUGGCGGCAGCGCAGAAGGUGGACCCUGACAACAACUCCGGGGAGCUCCUGAUAACGAUGCCCGAGGGUUCGGAGAGCCUCAUCCAGAUAAAUCAGAAGCUCCGAAUAGGGAUUGAGUUCUCCCUGGAGCAGCCCCAGGGCGGCGUUCACUUCGUCGUACCGAACUGCGAGGGGAGCCUGGCCGAGAGGGGAGCCCACAUGUACACCUACAGCUACGAGAACUCAUCGAGACUCUGGUUCCCCUGCAUCGACAGUUUCGCCGAGCCCUGCACCUGGAAGCUGGAGUUCACCGUUGACGAGACUAUGACUGCAGUGUCCUGUGGAGAUCUGGUGGAGGUGGUCUACACUCCGGACAUGAGGAGAAAGACAUUUCAUUAUGUUCUGAACACACCGGCUUGCGCCCCCAACAUUGCCCUGGCGGUGGGACCCUUCGAGAUAUUCGUGGACCCUUACAUGCACGAGGUCACACACUUCUGUCUGCCUCAGCUCUUGCCUUCCCUCAAGGUCUCGGCCAAGUACAUGCACGAGGCCUUCGAGUUCUACGAGGAGACGCUGUCCAAUCGAUAUCCGUAUUCUUGUUACAAACAGGUAUUCGUGGAUGAGAUUGACGAGGACAUAAACGCCUACGCGACAAUGUCAAUCCUCAACACGAACCUCCUCCACUCCACCGCAAUAAUCGAUCAAGUCUACAUCACCAAGAAAGCAAUGGCCCAAGCAAUAGCGGAGCAGUUCUUCGGCUGCUUCAUCUCGAUGCAGAACUGGUCGGACACGUGGCUGCCAAAGGGUAUCUCCACCUACCUAACCGGUCUCUACGCGAAGAAGUGUUUCGGCAACAACGAGUACCGCCAGUGGAUUCAAUCCGAGCUGCAGGAGGUGGUCAAGUACGAGGAGCAGUUUGGCGGAAUAAUCCUGGAUUCCUCCCAGCCCCCAUCGCCCCUUCCGAUCGCCGCCAACACCCCGGCGCCAGCCCCCCGCAGCCCGGACCCCGGUUUCUACUUCCCCAUCCGCAACCUCCACACCAUGUCCCCCAGGUACCUCGAGGUCCUCCGGAAGAAGGCGCACCUGGUGAUCAGAAUGCUGGAGCACAGGAUAGGGCAGGAGCUCCUCCUCCAGGUGUUCAACAAACAGCUGUCGCUGGCGGCCAACGCGGCCCAGCAGAAGAUAGACUCGGGCCUGUGGACCCACAUGCUAAUCUCCACCAACGUCUUCACCAAGGCGAUAUUCACAGUCACCGGCAAGGACAUGGCGGUGUUUAUCGACCAGUGGGUGCGCACCGGGGGUCACGCCAAGUUCUCUCUGAGCUUUGUCUUCAAUCGAAAGAGAAAUACAGUCGAGCUGGAGAUACGCCAGGACACCUCGAGCUCCAAGGGCAUUCGGAAAUACGUGGGGCCAUUGCUGGUGAACAUUCAGGAGUUGGACGGCACCUUCAAGCACACCCUCCAGAUCGAGGGAACAGUGGCCAAGGCCGACAUCACCUGUCACAGCAAGUCCCGGAGGAACAAGAAGAAGAAGAUUCCCCUGUGCACGGGUGAGGAAGUCGACAUGGACCUCUCCGCCAUGGACGACUCACCGGUCCUGUGGAUUCGGCUGGAUCCCGACAUCACCCUGAUGCGCUCCGUUCAGAUAGAACAGCCGGACUACCAGUGGCAGUACCAGCUGCGCCACGAGAGGGACGUGACGGCCCAGCUGGAGGCCAUCGAGGCACUCCAGCAUCACUCAACCCCGGCAACUAGACUCGCCCUCACCGACACCAUCGAGAACGAGCACUGCUACUACAAAGUCAGGCUCAGGGCCGCCCAUUGUCUGACCAAAGUCGCCAAUGCCAUGGUCGGGACGUGGGCGGGACCCCCCGCCAUGCUGGCCAUCUUCAGGAAGCUCUACGGAUCAGCCUCCUGUCGGCGGAUAAUCAAGCAGAACAACUUCACCAAUUUUCAGCACUACUUCCUGCAGAAGACCAUUCCGGUCGCCAUGGCCGGCCUCAGGAAUGCCCAUGGCAUCUGCCAACCUGAGGUACUGGCCUUCCUCAUGGAUCUCUUCAAGUACAAUGACAACAGCAAGAACAGAUACUCGGAUAACUACUACAGGGCUGCACUCAUUGAGGCCCUUGGCGCCACCGUCACACCUGUUAUUAGCGUCCAACAUGGCCCCUCCAUAACAGCUGAUUCACUCUCAAUCGACACUAAAGCCAUUCUCGAGGAGGUGACCCGACAUCUCAAUCUCGAGAAACUCCUGCCCUGCUACAAGUACACGGUCAGUGUGGCUUGUCUCAAGGUGAUCAGGAUUCUCCAGAAAUUCGGCCAUUUGCCGAGCAAUCCUAAUCUUUUUAAGGCAUACGCCGCCUACGGCCAGUUCAUUGAGGUUAGGAUUGCGGCCCUCGAGGCCCUUGUGGACUUCACGAGGGUCGAUGGCAAGUGGGAGGAUUUGGAGUUUCUUUUGGACAUGGCGGAGAUGGAUCCCCACCCUGGGAUUAGGCAUAAGCUUGUGAGGCUCAUGGUGGAGAAUCCACCCUUCGAGCGGGCCCACAGGCACAGGCUGGACAGCCCUGAGUUGGUCGACAGGAUAUGGAAUCUUAUGAAUGGAAUGCUCUCACACGACUCCAAGUUGAGGUGUGACUUUGUGGAUCUUUACUACACGCUUUAUGGGACCAAGAGGCCCAAUUGCCUGCCGAUACCCGAAUUGGCGGGGGUCCUCAAGCCGAAGAAGGCAAGUCCCGAGAGGGAGGAGCCCAGAAUAGUUAAGAAUCCGAUGUUUCAGAAGAGCGAUGUCGUCGAGGUGGACUCGAGUCCGCCUGUGGUGAAGCGCAAGGCUUCACCUUCUAGAGAGGGAGGGGGUGGGCCUGAGGGGGGGGAGAAUGGGCCCCUCGUGAAGAAACCGAAGCCACAGAAUCCUGAGGUUAGGGCGGGGCCGCAGGGCCCUGGGGAGGGCAAGAUCAAGACGGAGUAUUACUCGGAUAAUUCGGCGUCACUGCCGGGACUCAUGGGGAUGGGGUCGCAGGGGCCCGUUGGGUUCGAACCCGGAAUGUUUAAGAAGGAUGAGGAGGGGAAGGGGAAGGGCGAGUCGGGGGGCAAGGGGAAGAAGAAGAAGAAGGAUAAGAAGAAGCAUAAGCACAAGCACAAACACAAGCAUGAUCACAAGCAUGGGAAGGAGAAGGAGAAGGAGAAGAAGGGCAAGGAGAAGGGAAAGGAUAAGGAGAAGGACGCGUUGAAGGUCAAGGACGAGACUUUGAGCUCAGUCAGCUCUAGUCCCAGUCCGGAACCUGGGAAUUCAAAGGAUUAUGGGGUUUUGUAA